GUCUUGUCUUACCCUUCCACCUGGUAUUUCUAAGGGGCAUUGUGCUUCUUCUUCAUGUAGAAGCAGGUGUCACAGUGGUGGCAUUGUAGGAUAUUCCCUCUACCUGUUUGAGGAAAUUCUUCAAUGGAGAAAAACUCUAUUGAUUAUAGUCCUUUGCUUUCUCAUCAAGGGGAUGAAAUUGCUGGGAAGGUGAAGGCAUCAUCUCCUCUUGUGUCAGCUACUAGAUGGACUCUUAAGUCCUUGAUUUGCUUGAUCUUCACUGCAUGGGCAGCUUUGAUUUUUCUGAUACCAUCAGAACCUGGGCAUGCCUUGUUUUCAAAAUUGAUCACUUUCACCCAGAACACUCCCUUUGGAGUCACAGGAAGCACUUUUAUGAUUCUCUGUGCUCCAGUUCUCAUAAUUGCCUUUCUUGCCAUUGCCCACAUAGCUAUUUCUGGGGAGGAUCAUCUUCAUCAGAAGAAGACUUCCAAAUCUCCAAGAUUUCGCCUAUGGACAUUUCCUGUGCUUAUCAAUGGACCUUUUGGGGUUGUUUCUGCUGCAGAAUUAAUUGGGAUUGUCCUUUUUGCUGCCUAUGUUAUCUCGGCUAUCUAUGCUUAUACUGUGCAGACCCUUGCAAGUAUGCCUGAUCAGUCAUCUUUCAAAGCCAAAAGUAUGUACAUGUUGGAUAUUAUGGGACUUCGAUUGGGCUCCAUUGGAUUAUAUUGUUUGGCAUUUUUAUUUCUCCCAGUUUCAAGGGGAUCUGUUCUUCUCCGCUACAUAGAUAUCCCUUUUGAACAUGCUACAAAAUAUCACGUGUGGCUGGGACACCUCACAAUGGUGAUUUUCACUCUCCAUGGACUCUUCUAUUGUAUUGAAUGGACGAUGGACGGCCGCCUUCUGAAAGAAUUACUAGGAUGGAAAGACAUUGGUGUUGCCAAUCUCCCUGGAGUUAUCAGCCUUCUAGCUGGUUUGUUGAUGUGGGUGACCUCUCUUCCUGGAGUGCGAAAGUGGAAUUUUGAGUUGUUUUUCUACACCCACCAACUAUAUGUAGUCUUUGUUGUCUUUUUGGCUUUGCAUGUUGGGGACUUCAUUUUCACUAUGUGUGCUGGGGGAAUAUUUAUAUUUUUGCUUGAUCGGUUUCUGAGGUUCUUCCAAUCACGAAGGACGGUUAAUGUAAUCUCAUCCAGGUGCCUUCCAUGUGGGACAGUGGAACUGGUUCUGUCAAAACCACAAAAUUUGAGAUACAAUGCAUUAAGCUUUAUUUUCCUUCAAGUCCGAGAAUUAUCAUGGCUGCAGUGGCAUCCAUUCAGUGUUUCUUCUAGCCCUUUGGAUGGAAAGCAUCACCUUACUGUUCUCAUAAAGGUUCUUGGCAAAUGGACGGCGAGAUUGAGAGACAGGAUUACUGAUGCUGAUGCACAAAAAGAUUUAUCUGUUCAGCCUCAUAAAGUAUUAACAGCUUCUGUUGAAGGGCCAUAUGGGCAUGAAGUACCAUACCACUUGAUGUAUGAAAAUCUUGUACUAGUGGCUGGUGGUAUUGGACUUUCACCCUUCCUUGCUAUAUUGAGCGAUAUUCUCCACCGUGUGAGGGAGGGAAAACCCUGUCGACCCCGAAAUAUCUUAGUUGUUUGGGCAGUGAAAAAAUCAGACGAGCUUCCACUUCUUUCAACCAUUGACAUGGAAAAAAUCUGUCCAUUCUUUUCUGAUAAAGUAAACAUUGAUGUGCAUAUUUACGUCACUAGAGAAUCCGAUCCUCCUUUGGAAGAGGGACACAUUUACAAACCAAUAAAACCAUCCAUGUGCCCUUUCCCAAGUGAUUGUGGCAUGUCUGUUUUGGUUGGCACAGGAGACAAUUUUUGGUCUGGACUAUAUGUCAUCUCAUCUACCUUAGGCUUUUUGUUCUUGCUUAGUUUAUUGUAUAUUUACUACAUAAAUCCAUAUGGCAUAUAUAAAUGGUGGUACAAAGGGCUACUAUUUGUAGUCUGCAUGGUUGCUAGUGUUGUUAUCUUUGGUGGAACAGUGAUUGGAUUGUGGCAUAAUUGGGAAAAGCGAACUUCUCUGAGGGAUAAGUCCAAUAACACAAAGGUUGAUAAAACUGAGCAGAAUGGAUCCGUUGCUCUUGAGGAUCCAAGUCAAGACAAUAUUGCAAAGUCAACUGUCCUUCGUUAUGGUUCCAGGCCAGACUUUAAAGAAAUUUUUGAAGCAAUGUCAGAGAAAUGGGGCAAUGUUGAUGUGGGUGUUUUAGUUUGUGGCCCUCCAACUCUUCAAUCAAGUGUUGCCCAAGAAAUCAGGUCACACAGUUUGACUAGAAAACCCCAUUUUCCCAUCUUCCAUUUCAACAGUCAUAGCUUUGAUCUCUAGCUCCCUAAUGGGAAGAUGGAAGGCAUGGAUUUACCAAUGAAGAAGAAUACGUACUGUAUAUAGCAGCAAUCCAGUUCUGCAAUCCUUUGCAGGAUAAAGUACUCUAGUACUUAGAACUUAGAAAGUUUCUAAAAGGAAACCUAAGUGUGAUGAUAUGUUACUCCUUUUAUGUUAAUAUAUUGUCGCUAGAGACAUAUUAUGUGCAAUUUCAGCUUCAGUGUUGCAUAUACUUGUUUUUCUUUCUUCUUUCUCUGUCUCAUUUUUUAGCUGUCUUGUUGACAAUGUCAUAUCUCAGUUUUCUUUCUCUCCUUGUAUAUCUCAUAUCAAGUGUAAAUGAGAAUCAUAUCAUAAAUAAGUCAUGGUUAAUCA